AUGCCGUGGGUUUGUGUUAAAUAUACGAGACAGUGUUCAACUCACUGCAUUAAAAGAGCAUAUGUUAUACCGUCAUCUUAUUUGGAAGUGAAAAAAGAUCAUUACAAUUCGAAAAAGGAGUACAAAGUGAGAUGCGUUAAAGAUGAAAAAAAGUGGUGCUAUGCAAUCAUUGGACGCAUAGACCCAGGGAGUGAUUUAAAAGCAAAAAACCGACUGAUGAAUAAAAGGAUAUCUUUUCCGCCUGUGAGUGACGUCAAGAAAUAUAAUAGCGACAACAGCUCAUCAGAGGAGGAAAUUGAUACUGAUGAUCCUAUUUACGAGGUUAAAAAAGAAAAACAGGAUCAACGCCUUCUGAAGAUGAAAAAUUCAUUCCAUCAACUGCAGCCGAAGAAAAAAUAUAAAAAGAAAACUGAUGACGAAAAUGAUUUAGAUUACGAAGAAUCAACAAUUUAA